AUGGAUUGCAACGACGGUUUGGCAACAAUGGUGGUGAUGAUGGUGAUGGUGAUAUGGCCAGCGCAGGAAGUCGCUCCUUGGUCUCAUCUUGUCGCACAGUUUGUCUCUCUCGGUAUUUGCGAUGGAACAAAUGAGUUUAUUGCGAAUCCGUGUCACCCGCUUCGGCCCCCAUGCUCCUGCUCGCCUGCCUGCCUUUCCGAAUUCCUACAGUCUGGUCGCUGCUCGGGAAGAAAAGAGGCAGGAGAGAGAGCUGUCUCUGUCCAGCCCGGCGGUUGCUUCACCGGCGACGAUUGGUUGGGUGUGAAGCUGGACCAGGAUGUGACGCGAUGCUAUGCAGACAUUAAUGCUGUCUCCUCAUCGGUGAGUCGAGACGGUCCAGAGUAUCAUCCAGGGCUUGCCGUCUGCCUGCUUGUUGCCCUUAGCGCUCGAAUCAUGAAAUUCCACCGGGCAUACAGGCAUAUUGUAUGGGCUGUUAGGCACAAACAGUUGCUCCCUCAACACAUGCCAGCAUACCUGCUAGAGCUGCUUGGCCUAUCUAGGACAGAGAAGCCGCUUCCCGGUUGGUUCCCCGAGGUUCCCGGGCAUCUUCAACAAAACGGUACGAGCAGGUACAUAGCCGUCACGGCCGGUACAACACCACGCUUUGAUGGUAUCAAGUCCUUCGGCACAAGUUGGGCCCCAAAAUGGGUUGGGAAACAGACAGUCUACCCAAUGGCUGUCUUGAGUCUGGUUACAGCAGAAUGUGACAAGCUUAGCUAA